AAUGUAAACAUGUAAAAAGUCGCAAUAGUUAUGCUGCCUUUCCCCGAGCAGCUGUAUUUGUCGACAGAUUGCUAAACCUACUGGUGCUGUUCUGUUUAUUGCAGAGGUUUCUCACUCUUUUCCCUUUUUUAUUUAUGGCUCAUUUAUUUAGAGUUUUUUUUAUUCCUUCUCCAUGAUGACUAAAAGCGAUGAUACUGAUAACAUCCAGUACUUGAUAUGGAGGACUUGAGUUUCACAACAACAAAGAAACCUGAAAGAAAACUGCUGAAGUCAUGAGCUCGCACACAGGAAGAAGACACAGUCCUCAAAGGGGACACAACAGUGCAGGGAAAAUAAUUGGCAAUGUCUUUACACAAGCACAACAUGGCGUUGUACCCGGUAAGAGCGCAGAUGGCAUAAACGUGCCGUUUCCGAUCAAGCCUGUCUACCACAAAAGAUCUGUUCAACCCAGUAAACAAGACGUAUUUGCACCGUAUGAUUUAGAAAAAGCUGCUACAACAAAACAACCAAGAGAUCCUUCGCCGCCCCAGGAACAGCUUACAAAUGGCAAAGACACCAACGGAUGCCGAGACCCAAUAAACAGCUCAGACUGCAGACAGGCCAGUGGAGAACUGCAGAUGGACAGAGCGAUUUAUGCAGGAAAGCUCAUGCUGCAGGAUAAGCUGUGGAUCUUGGCGGAAAAAAUGAGACAGAAAAAACAGAGGGACGCUGCUGCUGCUGCACUUGAUGACCAAAAGAGCGGGGAGCAGAGACGCAGCAGAGGACAUGCCGAAGGAGGACAACUGCAGACAAAACCCAGGCUGCCUGAGCAGCAGAGGAGAGAACCGGUGGGAAGGAGGGAAACAAAAGUGCAAGAACGAGGACGGGAGAAUUUUCAACAACAUGUGAAGAUACAAGGUCAAGAAGAAAGGGCCGGGGGGCCAGGAAGGGAAAUGGCAACUCACCAGCUCACAGUUCUGGAGCAAGAAGCAAGUGGAGAGCUGAGCAAACCACGGUGGGAAAAGGUGAAACAUGAAGAGGAGAAAUGGCUUUCUGACCUCGACCGAGAUACGCCUCAAACGAGUCAGCAGAAGGCCUCUCGUGAAGCCGCAACCGGAGGAAGAAAACCGCCGGGGGGGGCGACGCUGCCACCGGUGUCCCAUCCCUCCCGUCUCAGCGGACCACAGCCGGGACAGAACCAGAAAGCGGACUCCCGCCUCCAGCUCCUUCCUUGCAAAAUUUGCAAGAGGAAGUUUGCAAGCCAAAGGUUGCAGAAGCACGUCCAAAUCUGUGAAAAGGUGAAACAGUCGCCGCGCGGAGUCUUCAACAGCUGCCUUCAGAGGAUCAAGGGAUCUGAAAACGAGAAGUUCUUGAGAACGCUGGCCGCCGUACCAGUUUCACGGACUGAGGUUUAUGGCAAAGGUUUCUAAAUAAGAAAAAACAAGAUGAAGCCAAGCAAAUACAGGGAAUCUACAUCAAGCCCGGAUCCCAAAUGGAACGUCACAGCCCAAAUGGUCCAAGUGAGGAGAUGAGGACUGAACCAUUUGAACAAGAAAUAAUAAGACAGUUUGUCACGUCAACCAUCACCAUCUUAUUGGUUAGUGGUAGUUUAGUUUCUCAAUUGUCUCUUUGAAGGAUCUCGUAUAUGAACAUAUAUAUUCCGUAUGACCUAAAUAGAAGAGAUGGUCGUUGACUCGUUACAAGACUAACAUGUACACCUAAUCAUAUGAAUAGAAAUAGCUGCAUUGUUGGUCUUACAUUGUGGAUAAUAUAAACUUUUGAAAAAAAAAGUCUGACACAAAAACAGUUUGACGUGUUUAUACGGUUAUGUCUCCACAACGCCUGGUUAAUUGUUAACAAACAGACAUUAUUUUACACACAUAAGGCACAGCAUUUACAUAUUUGCUUAAAUUUUGGUUUCAUUAGCUUGCUUAAGGCACUUGUGAUUGUAUUAACGUUGCAUUUUACAGCAUUAAAAAUCCUGCCAGUGCUCUCGUGGUGACCGUUCACUGACCGCGGACUGAGUUUCACAAAACAUACUCAAAAUGUGCAACUACAAGUUAGCUUGUUUUUUUUUUAAAUACAG